AGCUUUUUCUUGAAAGCAGUUUCCGACCAGUUUUUUUUUCUUGAAACCAGCACUAUAUGGGCGCAAGUGCCUCAGCAGAUAGGUCAGCAGUGAGCGAUCACCCGGUCAUGGUUGAAAAGAGCGUUACCAAAUCCGCUCGUAUGGCAACCAACGAGGUUACCUUUAACACGGUGCCUCACCGAGUCCUCCAACCCUCGUCACCACUCACACUCCCAGAAGAAGCCGAAGAAAUUAAAGAAUUCCAUUUCCACAUUUAUUGGAUUACAAGUGACCGCAAUGCCCACGAUAAAGCCAUGGCUUUACGCCAACGCAUCCUAGAACUCGUCGAUGCAGGGUUUUUCAAAGUUGUCCCUUUGAGCACUGUCAAUGAAAUCCCGCGAGGACCUCACCCUGUUGGCUCUUAUGAAGUCUGGGUGCCAUUCGAAUAUUUUGCUCGAUUUUACUCUUGGGUCUCUUUGCAUCGUACCCCGGACGUAUCCAUCUUGAUUCAUCCGUUGACAAAAGAAGAAAUUAAAGAUCAUACAUAUCGAGCAACGUUUAUGGGACCUUCUAUGCCGUUGAAUUUGAAUGCGCUUUCGGAAAAGUUGGAUCAUGUGCCACUUCAGUAUCCGGAAUUGGGAUUUGGUUAUUCUGCUCGCAAAUGAUGUUAUCGUUGGUGUAUAGUCUGGUGGAAUAAUUGAUGACACCACUAGCAUUUGUUUAUAGUACUCGCCAUUCAGGCGGUCUCUUGUUUUCCUAUUACUCGGUAUAAAGAUCUGCUUCGUUAUAGUUGACGGAUUUAUGGGUGUCCAGUUUGAUAGUGGUUCAGAUGAAACCAACAAUCGGUGGUGUAAUCUUUCCGGUAUGGCCACUAGACUUGCAGAUACACGCAGCCUCGUCCGUCCCAAAAGGGGUGAAUCUGUCUUCAUGUAAAUGGAAUCUUGGCAUAGGGCAUAUAAGCAUGUAUUAAUACUUUAUAUGAAAGUCGUAUGAGAUACGCAUGUCCAAACAGUGUUCUCGACGACGUUGAUGUAAUUCAGGUAGUCGCCAAA